UGAAACCGAGUUGAGAGACUCUCUGAGCAGGGUAUCGCCUGGUCGGGACACAAGAAAGAGCACCAUGUCGCGUCCCAGCACCGCGUCUCCCAGAAAAGGCACGCCACAGUCCAAACAGCCCGGUGUCUCCAAGGCCAAAGGCCUGAAAGACAUCCGUAUUGGUGAAGAGGUUAAGAUAGCAGUGAACGUUGCCUUUGAGAGAUUUCAGUACAGUGAGGACAAAGAAUUGGAGUUUCCUUCCUCCUUGACAAGCACUGAAAGAGCCUUCAUACAUCGCCUGGCACAGUCCCUGGGCUACAUUUCCAAAAGCAGAGGGAAAGGAUCCAAGAGAUUUCUCACCAUCUGGAAGAAGGAUGGCACAGAGACAGCCCAGUCUGUAAUGACCUUUAACCUUUCCCAUAAUGCCAAGCAUGUGGUACGCAGCCUGCUGCAGAGGUUUCCCAUCACCAACAAGGAGCGCACUGACCUGCUGCCCCGCACGGAGCGAGGGACGUCUGUUGCCUCAGAGGCAGACAGCAGCCAGGACAAGAACAGGACCAGUGGAAGGCUGAACAAUGGCAUCCCCCAGGUGCCCCCGAGGAGGGGCCCGUCGGAGCUCGACUUCUUCCGCCGCUGCCUCCCUGUGUACGAGCGGCAGGAGGAGAUCGUGAAGAUCAUCAAGGAAAACCGGGUGGUCCUGGUCGUGGGUGAAACCGGCUCUGGGAAGACCACUCAGAUCCCCCAGUUCCUCCUGGACGACUGCAGCAAGAACGGGAUCCCCUGCCGGAUCUUCUGCACGCAGCCCCGUCGCCUGGCGGCCAUCGCCGUGGCCGAGCGUGUCGCGGCCGAGAGAGGGGAGAACGUCGGCCAGACCAUCGGCUACCAGAUCCGCUUAGAGAGCAGGUAUGAGCCGUGGAAGGGGUGA